UCGAGGAAGACAGCCAUUUCAAAAAAUUUGCCAUGUCUGACAUGUGGGAAUACAGUUGCCCAAAAUACGUCAAUUUUUUUGAACCGCAACCUCUUAACGACGGGGCAGACGAAUGGUUUGAUGCAUGUACUGACGACAAGGAUGUGAACAUUAAUGAACAGGUCACUUUCAUGAAGUCCAAUACAGCUGAAAAUGAACAACCAUCACCUUCAGAACUGGACAGGAUUAGUCAGGAAUUGACGUCGAGUGAUACGCUGCCAGUGUCGGGAGACACCCAGGCAGCAUCGGUUCCUAAAUUUCUGUCUGCCACUGCGCCACUUAACACUCCUAAAAACUUACGGACAGAUAUAUCAACAUUUAUGAAAUCAGACAAUAAGAAAGUGGGAACAGUGGACAAACAAACAAAAGUCACAGGGCCAACCCGUAAGACAAAUAAUGAGAAAAGUUGUGGGGUGAUGUCUAAAACUGUGUCGGCGAAAACUGUACAGACUGGUGAAGGGCCAGACAAAGCAGUUAAAAGAACAAUGUCCAUGAAGCUGCCACAUUCGGCCAGUAAUCCGACUCAUCACACCGAUUCACCGAACAGGAAAAGACCUAACACACGAGGAUAUUCUGACGAAGUUCCAACAAAACAGACGAAGCCCAUGACGAGAUCAAGUGCUGGGUGUAGUUCUCGACCACCUGUCAAGAUGCCCAAAAUAACUGUUCCAAACGCUCCAUCAUUCGUGACGCGGAACAUGGCGUCCAAUUCUAAGAAGGUGUUGACUACUGAAGAAAAAGAAUUGGAGCAGAUCGCCAGCUUCAGGCAACAGUUGGCGAUGAAGAGGAAGCAGGCUCAGGCAUCUCUAAAAGUUGUGAAGUUGUCUUCAGAGUACAAGCCUUUUCCGUCACAAGUAAAACCGACGAUUCCAGUUGACUUCAGCUUCAAGACCGAUAAACGCAUUAAGCAACAUGGUCAAGAGGCUAACACUCAAGAAACAAAUCCAUCAGACUUCACGAAAAUGUUGCGUUCAAAUACUGCACUUGAUUCUACUGGUCCUAAGCAUUUGACGAAGCCCCAGCCAUUCAAGAUGUCGACCACCACUCGGAAACGCUCGUCCUCAGUAUCCGAGGACAAGUCAUCGGAAAACUUUGUAUCAAUGGCAGAAAAGGUGAAAGUUUUUCAUAGCAAGACUCCAGACAGAUUUCGAAAAGUUCCGAAGAAGCAAGAAGAAAAGAAGUUUGAUCCUCGGUUAACGGUUCCCUGCACACCGGUACUGCAGACGAGGAAUAGGACACGAGGCGUCAAGGUGCCGAGUCAGCACCAACUGGAAGAAGAGGAGUUGCAAGACAUGAAAAAACAUCAAUUCAAAGCACAUGGUGUGAAUACACAAAUUUUAAAGCAUCCAAAUAUUGGUGUUCCUAAAGUUGCCGUAAAACCUACCACUGAGCCCAAGGAGUUCAACUUGCACCCUGGUAAACGGAGCGUGGAACAGGCUGAAACAGUUGAAGAGAAACACGAGUUUCAUGCAAAUCCCUUGCCUGUGCAAAUAUUGAAACAUACAGUGGGAGUGAAGCCUGCUAAAGUAAUUCCUGUGACGGUGCCUCAGUCUCCUGCGUUUGCGUUGAAGAAUCGUGUCCGACUUCCUGUCGAGAUUCCAGACGAUAAGGAGUGUUCUUUGACAAAAAGUCGCCCAGUUCCACACGUGGGAAUUCCAUUUCAACCGAAAAUAUCACACAAUUACACAGUUCCGCAACCAUUUUCAUUUGAAAAGCGUAACAAGUCAGUGCAGCAGAAGAAGGAAGAGAAACUCCGCCAGUUGUCUGAAGACGAAAGGAAGGCGAAAGAGUUCCAUGCUCAGCCGAUCCCAUGGAUGGAAAGUCCAGUGGGACUGCCGGAUAAACAGGUGAAGGAGCCCACCAAACUGGAACCAUUCCAGCUGAAAGUAGAUAUUCGUGGUGCAAAGAAAGCGGAGGAGUGGAGACACCAGGUAAAUGUUGAAGAAGAAUUAAAUCAACAGAGAAGCAUGAAGAACUUCCAUGCCCGGCCAGCUGUUGUGAUAAAAAAGCCUCCUUUUGUUCCCGAGCGCUCACAUCGACCCCUUGUUGAGGUCGAUGAGUUUGAAUUGAACACUGAUCGACGAGCUAUAGAGAGGGAAGAGUUUGAAGAGCACAAAAAGGCCAGAGAGGCCGAGUUGGAGGCAGAAUCCCGACAACAAAUGAAGAGAAAGGAAGAUGAGGAGCAAUUGGCCAUCGCUAAGCUGCGAGCGGAAAUGAUUCACAAGGCCAACCCAGUCAAGAAAUACUGUCCAGUCCAAGUGCACCUGAGUGACAAGCCGUUGACUGAGCCAAUGUCGCCACGCUUUUCAGAAAGACUGCGACCAAAAGUGCGAAUGUAAUUGUCACAAAGUUCUAGAAAGCAACAUAAAUUUAUAAGACUGAAUGACUCAUUACUGAAGUUGUGUGCAGCAAACGAAAGUGUGUUUUUGUGUUUAUUUUGUGCAUGAAAGUGGCUUGUCUCAACAGUCAAGAGGUGAGGUGUUAUUUUUCUCAUGAUGGCAGUGGUGAUCACUUCAACUUUGUCCUUAAUCCACAUGACCAGUUAUUGCUUUUUUUCAUCACAUCACUUCAUGGUAUAUGUUGCACAUUUAAUUCGUGGAAUUCUUGUCUAAUUGGUUAACGAUGUAGAUUUAUAGUUCUGGUUAUUGCCACCGAUUUUUGUAUCGAUAAUCGCACCACUCAAAAUUACAAUAAUUUUUGUUUUUAAUACUAUCAGUUUUGCCAUGUUUUGUACGAAAUUGCCAGCGAGUGUUAGCUGAGUAAGCAGGGUUGGGAGAAUAACCCCCCCCCCCCCCAAAAAAAAAACCUGUCCAGUCCAACUGAGUGACAAGCCGUUGACUGAGCCAAUGUCGCCACACUUUUUAGAGAGACUGACCAAAAGUGCGACUGUAAUUGUCACAAAGUGCUAGAAAGCAACAUAAAUUUAUAAGACUGAACGACUCAUUACUGAAAUUGUGUGCAGCAAACGAAAGUGUGUGGUUUUUGUUUUUUUUGUACAUGAAAGUGGCAUGCCUCGGCAGUCAAGAGGUGAGGUGUUAUUUUUCUGAUGAUGGCAGUGGUGAUCACAUCAACUUUGUCCUUAAUCCACAUGACCAGUUAUUGCUUUUUUUGAUCACAUCACUUCAUGGUAUAUGUUGCACAUUUAAUUCGUGGAAUUCUUGUCUAAUUGUUUAAAGGCAUAUUGUCACAGACCACUUGCCUAAUAAAUGGCCUAACAAAGUAUUAUGUGAAAAAUAUGUAUUUGAUUUGUCCCAAAAUGUACUUUAUUCAACAAUCUAAUUAACCAUCAUACUCUACUUAUUAAUGAUAUUUUGCAAAAAAUAAUUGAAUUAUGGCAAUGGUCUAUAAUUUAAAAAUUAAUACUGUCAAGAUGAGUGACAUGGAUUUCACUCCAUCAUGGUUUAGUUAAGGUAAUCCAAUAGUCAGAUUUGGUUUCCAAACAUUGAUAUAAUUUUCAUUUGUUAUCUACUUUUGGAGAAAUAAGGUCCUUAAAUCUGUGACAGUGUGCCUUUAAUGAUGUAGAUUUAUAGUUCUGGUUAUUGCCACUGAUUUUUGUAUCGAUAAUCGCACCAUGCAAAUUACAAUAAUUUUAGUUUUUAAUACUAUCAGUUUUAUAAUGUUUUGUACGAAAUUGCCAGCGAGUGUUAGCUGAGUAAGCAGGGUUGGACGCCUGGAUGCCCGGGGCUACCCAGCAGGCUACUGGGAGUUUUUAAAAAAAAAAAAAAAAAAAAAAAAAAAAAAAAAAUUCUGUCCAGUCCAAGUGCACCUGAAUGACAAGCCGUUGACUGAGUCAAUGUCGCCACACUUUUUAGAGAGACUGACCAAAAGUGCAACUGUAAUUGUCACAAAGUGCUAGAAAGCAACAUAAAUUUAUAAGACUGAAUGACUCAUUACUGAAGUUGUGUGCAGCAACGAAAGUGUGUUUUUGUGUUUAUUUUGUACAUGAAAGUGGCUUGUCUCGACAGUCAAGAGGUGAGGUGUUAUUUUUCUGAUGAUGGCAGUGGUGAUCACUUCAACUUUGUCCUUAAUCCACAUGACCAGUUAUUGCUUUUUUUCAUCACAUCACUUCAUGGUAUGUUGCACAUUUAAUUCAUGGAAUUCUUGUCUAAUUGUUUAAUGAUGUAGAUUUAUAGUUCUGGUUAUUGCCACCGAUUUUUGUAUCGAUAAUUGCACCACUCAAAAUUACAAUAAUUUUUGUUUUUAAUACUAUCAGUUUUGCCAUGUUUUGUACGAAAUUGCCAGUGAGUGUUAGCUGAGUAAGCAGGGUUGGAUAGCAUUUAAGUAGGCCCUUAUUUGCAGAUAAACCCACGCCUAACUUCGUCACCUUAAAUAAAAUAUCAGAAACCCUGGAUGAAUCACUCCAGAUUCAUCUCUGCAUAAAGGUUUCCUAGUACACUGUUGGCAGUUAUAAAUGAUGACUUGUUAUUAAAUGUCAAUACUGCUGGAGUCAUUUUCUGGAAAACCUUGUACAGUUAUCGAUUUUCAUCUCAACUGUUUAAUAAGAGUUGAAGACCAGUUGCAACACCACAUGAACAGACCUAUGACUGGAACAAGGACGUCGUGUGGAUGGGUUUAACUUUAAUAACUCUAGAGCUCAAACAGGGGUGGGAAUUCUCCUUGGUUCCACAGUUUUCCUCUCAUGGAACAUUGCAUUUCCUCGCAUUUUAAAUCGUCAUCGUCCCCGGACCUCUCUAGAUUUCCUCUUUUUUUACAGUUUACCACCCUGGACCCCUCUAGAUUUCCUCUUUUUUACAGUUCACCACUCCGGGGCCCUCUAGAUUUCCUUUUUUUACAGUUCACCAGUUCCCCUCUCCUGCUCAGAAACUUAAGAUUUUUUUACCUACAGUGAGUUUAAAAUGUUUUUGCCAUAGGUAGAAUACUGACCUAUGGCAAUUUUGAGCCUACCUAUAGCAAUGCAAAACCAGUAACAUUGGCAGGAAAUAAAUUAACAAAAAACCCAACAACAAACAAAUCCAAAGGGCAAUUAUUUUUAUUCAGAGGAAAAAAACAGCCAUCAGUAAAGCCCCAGAUCUAAAUAUUGCUAUUGCUGGUGUCUUAAAGUUUGGGCCCUGAGUAAUUAUUAAAACAAAUGCCUUUGUACAAAAUUGCGUUCAUAGACUGUAGUUGGUUUUUUUAUUAUUAUUAUUUUACUCUUGUAUAUGGGACAAUUUUGAUUGGUAUAAAAUGAUGAAACUUUAAAGAAUUGAAUUUUUUGUUGUUGUAUCAUUGUUUAUAUUAACUAUCUUAAUCACUCUUUAAACAUCCAAAAUAUAAUUAAACUAUUGAAAUAAAGAGACAUAAUUUAAAUAGGGUAAUAAUUUCCGAGUGUCUGAAUUCAUGGUCAAUAAAUUUCUAAACAUUUUAAUAAAAAAAAGAAAAAAGUAAUGUUAGGUUAAUUACCUAGAUAUGAAGUAAUGCAAAUUUGAAGAGUAUAUUUAUUGUCUGUCAUUACUAAAUGCUAUUUUUAAAGAAAUAAAUACAUUUGCAUACAGUAAUUUUGAGAGAUUUGCUAAAAUAAUGUGUCGGUAAGAAUACAUUUCAGAGCAAGUCUUUCAUAAAUGGCUUUUCGUUAUGUAAAAUUCAAUCAGAUAUCAUUACUGUCACAUUUUGGGUGUGUCAAUAGUGUUGGUAAUGACAUUUGCUGAAAUAUUAAAUCUGCAAUUACUCUUCCUCAUUUUAUAAUACAUUUUGUUAAUUUAAAAUUCAAAUAGAAUUUCAGAUUAAAUAAAAAUAAUAAUUCUACCAUUACAUAUAUCGACAGUGACUUGUACGUGUAAUAUGUCACUAAGCCUCAUACUGGUUGGAAGAAAAAGGAAAAAAAUCCUAUCUGUCAUCACUCUAAACCCACAUAUAAUGUAUAUAUAUAUAUAAAGAAAUCUAUCCCCCUAUAUAUUGGCAAUAUGAUGUAGAAGACAACUAACUAUAUUUCUCAAGGUUUUCUUCAAGUGGUACACAUGUCUGUGAUUAAUACAUGGGAAUUUGAUUGUGACAUAAUUUUAUUUUGGUGUCCCACUUUACUUUCCUUUUGACUGAAAUGUACAUUUGAAUGUGACCUGGAUUGUAAGUUAGGCACAUUAAGAGAACAAAACAAAUGUUUAUUUAGAUGCUCUAAUAGAGACAACAGCUUUAACAUAACAGUAAACUAAAACCCUCAUAAAAAGUUUUUAAUUGCACAUAAAUAUUUCAAUUUAAUAGGUAACAGCAGCAGCUUCACCUUAAUAUUGAAAAGAAUACUAACGAUACCUUUAGUCAUAGAACUUCAGUGCUUAUUAUUAAGUUGUUCUAAGGUUACGAUUUAAAAGUACAUGUGUGUUUGAAACGUUUUAAUAUUUGGUAUUAAGUUAAACACAUAUAUGUUAGCUGCUUGUGAUAAUUUCAAACUGUUGGUUGAAUUUAUCAAUUUUAACUCUUGGUUAUAAUGCAUGUGUGCUGCUUGUGGUUUAAUAUAUUGUGUAUAAUGUAUUUGCAUUCUCAUCAAUUGAUAUUUUAAAUGUAUACCUGUAGGAAAAAAACAUUGAUGAUUAAUGGGACAUUGCAUCAAACACAUCCAUAAUGUACAUGUUUGCCAAAAGUGUAAAUAUAGUACACCGAACAAGAUUAAUAACCAUUUGAAUAAAUGAAUACAUUGAGAUGUUUAUUGAUGUUGAAAACUGUACUGUCAUUACUGUGACAUGUUGUCAUUACCAAACAUGCAGAUAAUUCUGAAAAAUAUAAUUUUCACUUUGCCAUUAUAUGAAAUUAUUCAGUGCUGCAUCUCGGGGCCCAUUUGUUGUUUUGUAAUGAAAUAGAAUGUUACAUUUGAAUUUUUGAUUUGUUAUUGAUUUUUGUGUUUUUUAAGCAAAAUGGUUAUAUUUUAUGCUAUGGUAUAAAAAAACCAUACAUAUUUUUAAUAUAAUAGAAGUAAUGAAAAAUGAGACAUUAAUUGUGCAUUUUCCACAUAAAGAAUGAAAUGGCAAUGUUUUGGACAAAUACUAAUUUGAAAAAAAAAAAAAAAUUGGUAAAAUUAAUGACUGUAAUGUCAUCAAUGUGGGUUUUUUGGUGGGUUUACAUUUUACGGUUAUCCAAUCAAAAUAAUGCAUAAAUUAUAUAACCUAAUUUGGUUUUGACAAAUUCAAAUGUAAUAUUUUAUUAUGAGGAUCAAGAAAGUUGACUUUAGAUAAUUGUUUUGCUGAUUAUUAUGAAUGCCAUUUGGGCCUCGAAUGACAAUACUUGUAUAUAAUAAAUUAUUGUAUUGGUC